AGGUUCACACCGGUCUGCUGCUUAUGAUUCAGCCACCUGUGUGGCUCUAAAGGACGGGGGUCCUGAGACCAAGUCGGUCCAAGCGUGGGUCGACUGAUCAAAUGUUAUCCUAUAUGACUUAUACACUUGUUGUCAUCUAACCUCUGAUCAUGAAUGGACUGAGUUCUAUCAUCUAGAUUUAGGCUAAGACACAGGUGGCCGUCCACUGUCAGGUGGAACACAGACGAGACAUCUGGUGGACGUCUCAGGCUCAGGUGCUGUCUGUGCGGGAAUGUUUCUAAGGAUGACUCGGCCGUGCUUUUCCGUCCUCCCGUCCUCUUCACCGUUGACCAUCUUCCAUCAGCAGCAGCUGCUCCACCUCUCCGUCUCUCCUCCCUCACUCGGUCUCAUUUCCCAUGCUGUCCUUCCUGCUCCCUCCCACUGACAGCCUCAGUGUCUUCACUCCAUUUCGAUGAAUCACGUUCUCCUCAGCGCUUCUCCCAGGAACAGCAUCUCUGGAGCAGAUGACGGUCUUCAGGGGGAGGAGCAGAAGCAGCUGCGCAGGGCCAGGGCCCGCAGGCUCAUUGUGGAGACCAAUCGACGGAGAAGGGCUCUGGAGGACAAGCAGAAGCAGCGGGACCUUCGCGAGCAGCGCCUCCGAGAGCAGGUCCUGCAGCUGCGGCGCCGGAGGAUACAGGAGGCGACGGAGCGCUUCCAGAAAGCUCACCUGCAGCCUCGGCGGUCCAGGAGGAGCAUCCCGACCAUCGAAGAGGCGCUGGAUGAAAUCAAAAGCAACUUGAAUGCUGCACACAGGAGCGGCGUCUGCACAUCCUCUGCUCAGCCAGGACCAGCGUCUGCUGCGGUCCAGCACCAGCACCGGCUGAUCUCUGGAGACGCCCAACCACCGGACCUGACACACGAGAUCUGGAAGAACCCUGACAGCCCCCUGAUGACAGACAGUCUGGAGAACCCGCCGUCCUUCUUCCUGUUCGACAGGCCGCGCCUCCACGUCACCUCGCCGUCAUCUGGCUCGGCUCCGUUCCUGGUGCGCCGCUCGCCACAGAGGAAGCCGGAGGAGCUCCACGACAAGAAGUGGAAAUCUGAUCCGCCGCCUUAUUUGGACAAAGAAGCAGACGCAGGACGCAGCGACGCCCUGGUCCUCGCCAUUAAAGCUGCUUGUGGCGAGCGGGAAUUCCAGCCGGAUCUGGACUGGAAGCAGCAGGCGGGUCACCACAACAGGCUGCAGAAAGCCCCAUCGUCCUCCAUUCCUCCGCCUGGGAAAGAGGCUUGGAUGGGCUCCAGCCUUCGACCCAACAUUGAGCUGAGUCACAGCAGCUGCGACAACACGGCGAGCGAGCUGACCCAGGAGACCGGAGCGGAGCCGGCGCCGGCCGAGGAGGCACAGAAGAAGGACCUCAACAGACUGUCCAGCUCCAAAAACGAGAAGCCCUUUUACAAGAGGCUGCUGCAGCAGACGCUCGCAGCAGACCUGGUCAGGUGUGGCGGUGCGGGUGAGGGGGGGCGGUGCCCGGGGACCAUGGCAACCGUGGCGACCUGUGACUCCAGGUUCAUGAAAGGGAUUCUCAAGCCUCAAGGGGGCGCUCUGGGCUUCUGCGACUCGGAUGACGUGGCGUUUGCCAAGCAAGUGGCCCUGGCCAUCCGGGACAGCAUGGAGCUGACCCGAGCCAGGGCCCGGCAGAGGGACGGCCCCAGCUCGGGCAGGAAGAAGACGCUGCGCUGGUCUGACCAGGGGCCCGCGGAUACACAGAUGCCGGCUCAGUCUCAUUCAUCUCCGUGGCAGGACCCCCGGCCGGCCUCGGUCCCCGGGGCCUCCCAACACGGGCGCAGCCUCGCGGCCCCAGAUCGCCUUACAAAGCAAGCGUGGGCAGAUGUUGGGGUUCAAGUCAACCUGCCCCAAGAAUCCGCAGUCCCCUGGAGGGAGCGCUGUGGCCCAGCCACACACAGAAAGGGCACGGUCACGCGACCUCAAUCUGCCGCGGCGGUGGCUCAGAUGGCCCAGGCUCUGGGGAAGAUGAUAGCGCCCCGCCCACCGCCGCCCAGGACCCAGGACAGGACUCCAUAUGGCUCGACUUCUGCUGCUCUGGACCCUAAACAGGACCACGUGACCCCAACGCUCUCCCCAGACUCUGAGAGCCCGGCAAAGGUCAGACCAAGGUCACUUCAUUUGGAGAGACACGCCUCGGUGAGCGGCGGGAGAAGCCUCCGUUUAGACCGCACUCCGACUGAAGACCAGAUCUCUGAGCUGUGGCACUCGCUCCGCAGCGCCUUGGCCUCCCAGAACGCUCCUCUAGUGCACCAAAGUCGGGUCCCAGGAAGCGAGAGGAGUAGACUGCCCUCGGCCCACGGCAACAGUGGACCUCCUCGCCCGUCCCAGCAAACCGGAGAGGCUGCAGAGGUGCCGAGAGCACGUGCCACCACCCGGCUGACCCACACAGAGGAAGGAGCUGCUUGGACCCACCAGCCGCCGCAGCUCUCCACGCUGUCCUUAGAAGAGGAGAGGAUCCUUCUCUCGCUGGAGCGGCUGGACCAGCGGCUUCAGCGCCAGCGCCGGUGACCUCCAGACUGGAGCCGGGACCCGGCGCGUGUGAGCGGCACCGCCUCCGGACUGCAGAGCCUGCGAGGCCUUCUCAAGUCUUUCCUUCCCUUCUAGACGGAGAACCUCAGCGCCCUCUGCUGGUCGCGACAUGUUUCUUCAGCACUCAUGACAGCGGAAGUCCCAGCUCUCCAGGGUCAUCAUAGCAUGCUAGCUAGUGACUCGCUGUGGUCAGAGACAGCACACGUUGAUGAUGUCACCAACACCAGGGAGCGGCCGUCACAUGGUGCGUGGGUCUGUGUGACGUGAUGGUGUCGUUCAGAAGGUCCUCACUCUGAGGAGUCGGGGCCUUGCUGGGUCAGACCUUCAGCAGGGUCUCGUCCUCAUGAGGAGUCGCCGCUGGUUUUCUGCUGCUAACAACAGACGGAGCCCGGAGGUCAUGGACGCGCUGUGUCGCGCCGCCUUCACCGCCACGUCUGGACUCGCUCCUCUCAGAGCCGGCGUGAAAUGCUGUCACCACAGGGCUCAGCCACCGGGGUCACGUGACCCGCGCUGAAGACGCUGCUGUCAUCGGGUGCGAGAGCGCAGGAACCGGUGUCCGCGACUGUCAUACACACGCUCGCCCACAGAGGGCGGCCUCGCUCUCCGAUCAGGAUGGGCCGACGGGAGUGUGACGGCAUGAAGAGCAGAGACGAGUCUGCGAAGUGGGUGGUCUUCAGCCGCCCCUCCCCCUGCGGCCUGGGACCCCUUCAGUGUGUCUGAGUGUGUGGCACGGACGUGGACCCUGCUCACAGCCCCAAACCUACAGUGUUGCUGCUGGGAGCGGGGCCCCUGACCACUGCCGCACCGAGUGCGACUGGUGCUGCUGCGGCCGUGUGCACGCAGCUCUCCGUCAUGUGGCGUCUGGGAAACAGCGGGUCUUGACAAAACGAUUCCUCAAUGGAAGCGGGGCCUCAUUAGCAUGACAAUCGUGGGAACGGCACAGAUCCACUGUAAUAGAGCCGAGUCUGCGGUGGGACGACUCGCGAGCGCCUCCUCUGGUCACCGUGGCUCCCGGACUGGGCUUUGUUUUUCACCCACGGGAAAGUUUUACCGAUGGAAUUUUACUUUGGAAUUGAAGUCAUUUUUUCUGAUUUUGUUUCCUGUCAUUUUCCAUGUUUUAUUUUAAAAUGUGGUUUUUUUUUUAUCAACUUCUUAUCACUACAGAUGCCUUUAUAAAGACCUUUGUAAAUCAAUGUUGCGUUU